AUGUUCGUGCUGCUGAAUCUCGGAGUUGGCCUAUUCUCCCGAUUUGGUCCCGACACCAGCAAGGCCGAGUACAUUAUCAUCCAGAUUAUCUUCUCGUUUGGUCUUGGUCUGCUCACUACGUCUAACCUACCUGCUGUGCAAGCCGAUCUGCCUGAGAGUGACGCCGCUGUCUCCACCGCUGCAUUCGAUUUCCUGCGCAGCUACGGCGCCAUUUGGGGACAUGGAGUCUCCGUCCCCGCACCAAUCUUCAACGCGCGCUGUGCAUUGGAAGCAUGUAGAGUUGGUGACCAGACUGUGCGCGCAGUUCUUGAUAGCGGAGCCGCGUACGGCUACGUCACAAAUGUCCUCUCGAGACUCCCUCCAGCUGAGCCCUCAGGUCCAAGACGAGGGCUAAUCCUCGUAUUCUGCGAGAAGGAAAUCAUGCUGCGAACUACUCUGGAGACGGAAUAUGGAUUCGAUGACAAGAAGGGGAAUAACGCGGACAAGGCUGUCGAGAAUGGAGCAUCCGGUGCCUCGAGUGACGGUGAGACCGCUUCUAUCAAGCCUGCUAACAAGUGA